AUGGCCCCCCCUUUCCUUCCCCUCUUUCCCCUCCCUCCCCCACCCUGGGCGCCACGGGGGGGGCCAUCCCCGCCCCUGACCGCUGUCACCACCGUCGUCCUCAUCGCCAUCGCGGCUGUCGCAGCCUGUCCCGCCGUGUGUCGCUGUGCCGGCGGCCGCGUCUACUGCAAUGACCGGGGGCUGACAGCCGUGCCCGAGGGUCUCCCGCCCGGCGCCACCACCCUAUUCCUGCAGAACAACCGGAUCGGCGACGCGGGGAUCCCGGCGCGGCUGGGUCGGCUGCCGGCCCUGCGCGUGCUCUACCUGUACGCCAACGCUCUGGAGCAGCUGCCGGCACACCUGCCACCGGCACUGCGGGAGCUGCACUUGCAGGAGAAUAACGUGCGCGGGCUAUGCCGGCGGGCGCUGGCGCGGGCGCCGCUGCUCGAGCGCCUACACCUGGAUGACAACUCGGUGUCGGCAGCCGGCAUUGAGGAGGAUGCCUUCGCCGAGAACCGCCGCCUGCGCCUCCUCUUCCUCUCGCGCAACCACCUAAGCAGCGUGCCGGCCGGGCUGCCGCCAGCGCUGGAGGAGCUGCGCCUCGACGACAACCGCAUCCACACCAUCCCGCUGCGCGCCUUCGAGGGGCUGCCGGCAUUGCGGCGCCUGGUGCUGGACGGGAACCUGCUGGCCAACCAGCGCAUGGCCGAUGACACCUUCAGCCGCUUGGGCAACCUGAGCGAGCUCUCCCUGGGCCGCAACGCGCUUGCAGCCCCGCCGGCCAACUUGCCCCGUGCGCGGCUGCGCCGGCUCUCGCUGGCUGCCAAUGCCAUCAGCCACGUGCCGGCCGGCACACUGGCACGGAUGAGGGCACUGGAGCGACUGGACCUGUCGGACAACAACCUGACAACGCUGCCUCGGGGACUCUUUGAUGACCUGGGCAGCCUGAGCCACCUGGGGCUGCGCAAUAACCCCUGGUUCUGUGGCUGCAACCUGGCCUGGCUGCGGGACUGGCUGCGCCGCCGCGCGCCGCCGCGCCUCGAGGUGCGCGGGCUGCUGUGCCAGGCACCCGCGCGGCUGCGGGGGCUGCCGGUGGGCGAGCUGCAGGGGGAGAUGGACGCCUGCGAGACCCCUGCCGCGGGGGCUGGGGGGGCUUCCCCUGGCAUUGCAGCCGUGUCCCCAGGGGCCUCAAAUGGCGCUGUGGCCACCUCACCAGGAGCUGCAGCCACACCUGGGCUGUGGGUGCAGGCAGCACCAGGGGGGGCCCUGCGGGUGCGGUGGCCACCGGCCCCUCCCGGUGCAUCCCUGCGGCUGAGCUGGCUGCGGCCUGGGGGGGGUGCCGUGACCGAGACGCUGGUGCGGGGGGAGCGGGGGGAGUACGUUGUGCGGGCGCUGCAGCCCCGUGCCCCCUACCGUGUGUGCCUCGCGGCCCUUGAGCCCCCUACUGCCCCCCCACUCUGCACACAGGCCCGUGCUGGGGCCGGGGACCCCCCUCCUGGCUCCCCUGGUGCCCCGGCCGGGGACACCCCCACCAUGCUCCCCCCGGCUGCUGCUCUGGGGGCAUCAGCAGCAGCGGCUGCUGGGGUGAUUCUGGGGGUGCUGGGAGGGGACCACCUUGCCUCCACCUACGUGAUUCCCCUUGGCCUCCGGGAGGGUGGGGGGGAGAACGUGUGCAAGACCCCGCCCCCUGUGCAAGACCCGCCCCUCCCCCGAGACACGUUCGUCAGCUAG